AUGCCUUUGAUUACAAUUGUUUCAGCACUAUGUGUUGCAGACUAUAUUGAGACAUGGCCCAGAGAAUUUAGCUCAAUAUGGAAAAGAAAAACAACUGGAACUUCAGUACUGUUCCUAGUUAACAGAUACACGUUGCUCUUGUCUGUUAUGAUUCAAGCAAUAUCUGCUUUUCCUGGAAAUGGAACAGAUGAACAGUGCCAAGCAUUAAAUACGAUAUAUUCAAUUUUUACAGUUUUGUCCAUAGUUGCAGCCAAUGUUCUUUUUGCUUUGAGGGUUUAUGCAAUAUACAGUAGAAAUAACGUGAUUUUUGGAAUGGCUUCUGCAUUCAUCAUUUCAAGAUUUGCACUUGAUAUAUGGGUAAGUGUCAUUAUCACUGAGCUAUCAAGGAUUAGCUGCUUGUAUUUCAUUGUACUAGAAGUUGGUGCUUCAACAAUUGAUUCUCCAUUUCAAAACCUCUUAAGGUUAAAACUGGGUAUUCCACUGUUGGCAUUGGGAUAUGACACUUUCAUCUUUGUUCUAACUGCUAUGAAAACUGUUCAACAUUCACUGGAAAUGCAAAGACUCAAACAUUCUAGUAUUACACAAAUAAUCAUCCGUGAUGGUAAAUUGCCCAACCUUCUCAUCAGCCGCCUGAUGCUCAACUUGCGCACAUAUCCUGAACCUGGCAAUACCACAAUAUCCCAAGGUCAACAGACCCAUGUAUCAUCAUUGAACUUUGCUUCCAACCAGAUGUUGGGGAAUAUUGGUGCUCCAUUUGAUGGGGGAUCUUUCAAUGAGGAAGAAGAAGAAGAAGAAGAAGAAGAGAGAGUGGAAAUAGAGGCUAUUGGUGGGCAACAUGACAGGUCUGGUGAGCCUGAAAGGUAA